UUAAUGAUUUAUUGUUAAUAUUAAAAAUUAAAGGCUCCAUACAAAUGUAGAAUAUCACUGAUGUCUUGUAACACUGAAGGGAAGCAAGCCUCCAUUAAAGUGCCAGUGUUUUCUGCAGCACUGCAGGGCCUUAAUCCUGCAGUUACAUCUGCAUGAGGAGACCCUUCUACCUGUGCAGGCCCCAUUGAAGUCAUUAGGGCUCCCCAGGGGUGCAGGGGCCUGUCUGUAUUAAUCCAGUGGCAGGAUUGAGGCAUAGGAGGUAGGUGUGUUUUUUUCUUUGAUUGUUUCGUGGGUUGUUUUUUUGUUUUGUUUUCAAAAGCUGCCACCUGAAACACAUGCAGUGUAGUUUUAGUUAUGUCAGUCCCACGAUAUUAAAGAGACAAGGUGAGGUAAUAUCUUUUAGUUUUACUGGACCAACUUCUGUUGGAGAGAGAGACAAACUAUUGAACCACACACAGAUCUUCUUCAGGUCUGGAAAAGGUACUCUGAGCAUCACAGCUAAAUGCAAGGUGGAACAGAUUGUUUAGCAUAAGUAGUUAGCACAUAUACUAAGGGGCCGUUCAAGUUAGACUGGUCCGUUAACACCUCUGCUUUCAUGGGCCCAAAAGGGGGGUUAGUGGGCUACAGAUUCUUAUUACAAUCUGUACCCCACUAACCCCCUUUUUGCCCUAUGACUGCAGAGGUCCACUUUUUGCCACGGGCCCGGCCCCCUGCCACUCAUCAACUCCUGAGGCCUCGCCCCUCCCCGGCCAAGCCGGAAGCUGGAGCCCGGCCCGGGUAAGAGUGGCCCGUGGAACCCAGGGAGCUGCGGACCUUCCACCUGCCUGGGGGGAGGUGGGCCCCAGAGAGCAGCCCCCCAACCCGUGUCCCUCUCCGCCCCCCCGGGCUCCCCGUCAGGGCAGAUAGAGGGGCCACGGCUCCCCACAGCUGCCCGGGUGGCUCUUACCAUGGUCCAGCUGCAGCUUGUCAGCCCCAUAGGCCCUGCCCCCAGGCCAUGCCUCGUGUUUCCCCCCCACCUCCACGCACACGCUUUUAGGAAGAAUCCCUCGCCCCUGAUUGGGGGUUAAUGCUGUGCUGCUGUGGCUCAGAGCCCUGACACUGGUAGCGAACCCACAAGCAUAAAGGUCUCACCUUGGCUUCCACCAGCCUAAUUGCUCCUUGCAGGGUGACCCCAACAGCCCAAGUCUCCCCAAAUUCAUCCAACCUGAGUUCUUAAUCACCAGACACUCAGACUUUUCCCCUUUGGUUCAUCAUCCCUGAAGGCAUGAAACCAGUCCCCCAGAUACCAGCUUGCUUUGGCGCACACACUCCCCACAGUUUGCACAUCAGAGACCUGCUUGGGGUACAACUAAACAAAAAGUUUAUUUAAUAGAAAAAUCAUAGAUUCAAAGGGGAAGCAUACACAUUCAAGUUACGCAGAAAAUAAAUGCAAAGAUAUAACCUUAGGCUUUACAUUUCAAAUUAGAUAAAUUUCACUUUCUAGCAUAAGUUGCCUAUUGCCUCUGAACAGUUUCCCAGCGCACCUCAUGUCAUAGAGAGGAUCCCCGGUUUCACGGACAACACCCGCCAAUUGACUGUCCCUUAGUUUCUGAAUGGAGACCUCAGUUUCAAGCCUCCUAUUUGAAAGGGCUUUUUCUCUUCUUUUGUUUUUUUCUCUUGUCUUGGUGACUUCUGGUUAUUCAGGGUGGGAAAAUUCUAGCUUGGAUGUCUGUGUUUUCUCACUAAGGCUAUGUCUACACUACACAGUUUUUAGUGACACAACUGUGCCGCUAAAAGGCACGCAGUGUAGCUGCUGUUUGUCGACUCUCCUGCUGACAAAACACUUCCACUCCCAACGAGCAGCAUUAGCGUUGUCGGCAGGGGAGCACUCCUGCCGAUAAAGAGCUGUUCACACUGCCGCUUGUUGGCAAAACUUUUGUCUUUCGGGGUGUGUGUGUGUGUGUGUGUGUGUGUGUGUGUGUUUUAACACCUCUGAAAGACAAAAGUUUUGUCGUCCAGUUGCCAAUGUAGACAUAGCCUAACUCUAAAGGCCCAUCAUUUGUUUUUUCCUGGAUUGUACAAUAUUAGGUGCUUGGAGCUAGUCUCUUCUGGUUGGGGAGGCAGCCCCUCCCUGCUUGACGGCACUACAAAUCAUGAGCACAGUUUUCUGUAUACAUGAAUUCAUAACAAUGGUCUGUAUAUAGAUCUCAUAAUGACCAUGUUUAGAACAUUACAGACUUUUGUAAAAGACUGUAGUCAAUAUUGUAUAGAACCAGAUGAUUAAUUUGCCUAUUUGGAGUUCAGGCCUCUUGUCCCCUUGGAGUGUCUGGACCUUGAUUGUCAUAGUCAGUCACAGUAAAUGGUGCAGCUCUGUGACCCUCCCUCUCCUUUCUUAGAUGAGGAAUGAAAUAGUUAGCAAUGUGGGUGUCCAAGUGGGACCCGCACCUUACAGAGCUGAAUAGUGCAGUUCACACCUCCCAGAGCUAUUGUUCCAGGCUCUUUGUAGACUUGCAGAUGUCUCUGAAUCAUAUUCAUAUUUUUGAAGUUUCAUUCAAAACAUAAGUUAGAUUUCCUUUCUUUUUAUAGAAAAGGAAAGUUGAGAUUUUGAAGAACAAGAUAACAGCACCUCUCUGGAGCUACUAUGGAUGAGCGUACAAACCAUCCGCAAUGUUUUCAGUGUGGAAACUGGUUACCGUCUUUCUGAUGACCAAAUCGUCAACCAUUUCCCGAACCACUAUGAGCUGACACGGAAGGACUUGAUGGUGAAAAAUAUCAAGAGAUAUAGGAAAGAACUAGAAAAAGAAGGGAGUCCUCUUGCAGAGAAAGAUGAGAAUGGAAAAUAUAUUUAUUUAGAUUUUGUGCCUGUCACCUUUAUGCUCCCUGCUGAUUACAACCUGUUUGUUGAAGAAUUCAGAAAAAAUCCUUCCAGCACCUGGAUUAUGAAACCUUGCGGGAAAGCCCAGGGCAAGGGGAUAUUUCUUAUCAAUAAACUCUCUCAAAUUAAAAAGUGGUCUCGAGACAGUAAAACAUCUUCGUUUGUGUCUCAAUCUUCUAAAGAAGCCUAUGUAAUUUCUCUCUAUAUCAACAAUCCAUUACUGAUUGGCGGGAAGAAAUUUGACCUGCGCUUGUAUGUUUUAGUGUCUACGUAUCGUCCGCUGCGGUGUUACAUGUAUAAACUUGGAUUUUGCCGGUUUUGCACAGUAAAAUAUACACCAAGUACAAGCGAAUUAGAUAACAUGUUUGUACAUCUUACAAAUGUUGCCAUUCAGAAACAUGGGGAUGACUACAAUCAUAUCCAUGGAGGCAAAUGGACAGUGAGUAACUUGCGCUUGUAUCUAGAGAGUACUCGUGGAAAGGAGGUCACUAGCAAACUGUUCGAUGACAUUCAUUGGAUAAUUGUGCAGUCGCUGAAGGCCGUUGCACCUGUAAUGAACAAUGAUAAACACUGCUUUGAGUGCUAUGGAUACGAUAUUAUCAUCGAUGACAAGCUUAAACCAUGGCUUAUUGAGGUCAAUGCUUCCCCUUCUCUUACCUCCAGUACAGCCAAUGAUCGUAUCCUCAAAUAUAAUCUUAUUAAUGACACACUUAACAUUGCUGUGCCUAAUGGUGAAAUUCCAGACUGUAAAUGGAAUAAAUCUCCACCAAAAGAAGCUCUUGGAAAUUAUGAGAUUUUGUAUGAUGAAGAGAUGGCACAAAGUGAUGGAGCUGAUCGUGAUUUGAGAAGCCGUUCUGGGCAAUCCAUUGGACUAAAAGGAAAUCGAGCAAGAGAUUCAGGAAAGCCCGUGCUCACCACAUGGAAGUAGUGACAAAAUCAAAUUAAUAUCAAAUCAGAAAUAUUUUACUGAAAUUCAGUGCUAUGCUCUUGGCAGGAAAUUUUGAACUGAGAACUCAGGGCUUUCUCUCCUUUGGACGGCUUCCUUCUCUAUUGUGUAUGGGAGUUAAUAACUCUGAAACGGGACAAAAUAUGUCAAAGAAAUAUUUGUACCAAUAUGAGACAAGUCUGUGUAAAGUGAGGCACCUAAUCAGCUAUUCUAAUAGUAAACUCACUAGUUUACUGCAAGAGUAUUAUGCUGCAUGUGGUUAUAGCAAAUUUAUUGUAAUAUAAAGAAUUAACAUAUUCAUUGCUUUAAACUUUUAAAAGCAUAACUACUCAGACUUGAGAAACAUGGAUAUUUUUACAACAAACGGCUGUUUUGGCUUAUAACUCUCUUAAAGAACCUUCUUAAGAAAUCUGGUGUUAACUCUAAAUAUUCAUUUUUAAACGAACCACUGGUUUGGUGUUCAAUAUUUUGUUUUCCAGACUGUACAUUGUAAGUAAUCUAUCUCUACACUUGUAAUUUAUUAUACAGUUUUAACUCCUUUGUAAUGAAUUAAGUGUGUUAAAAAUUUGUGGUCAGGAUUGAUUACAGGUUCUGUAGAAAACCUAGAAAAAAAUGUGGACCUCAGGAUGUCAUUCCUCUGUGUUCCAGGAUUAAUCUUGAAAAUAGAAUCCAGAAAGGUCAGAGGUGUUGGGCAUUAUCAUUGUUGUAUAGUUUACAUUGGCAUGAUGACAAUUAAAUUCCUUGAUACAAGUGCAGUCUCUUCUGGCAACAUUUACAAUACAAGACUUGCUGAGCUGUGACUGUCAAUGCACAGUUAAUGAUUUUUAGCUAAUGUUGAGAUUUAAAAAUAAAUAAAUCCCCAAAUACUGAGAUUGUCAGAUGUGUUGAAGCUGUAACUCAGGAAUUAAAAUUGCAUGGAAGGGGAGAAUCUCUCACAUAGCAAGUUGCUGUGUUAUCACAUAUGGCAUUUAUUUUUACUUCUAAGGUGAUUUUGGACAUACCUGAAUAAACUUCUUCCUGCUUUUCCUCUUGAACAUACUGUAAUUAAUGUCAACCCCACUGCUCAGUGAUGCCUGUAAAUCUUUGCUUGUAUCUAUACAGCUCUUUAUUUAUGUAUGUAAGUAUGUAUAUAGAUAUGUCUGUAUUUUACAUAUUUUAUGUUCUGUAACAAAAUUCCAUUGCAUCUAAUAAGCCAUCUCCUAUGACUCUGAUGUGAGAAGGUACAAUAGCUACAAAUAGCAUAAAGCGAGAGAAGUUAAAAAGGAAAUGAUUGCAGUCUUUUAACUAGUAGAACAUUAUAUAUAUAUAUAAACUAGUCAAAUGUAUGAUUGGCUGUUACCUCUGAUGUCACAAUUCUAGCACUCAUCAAGAAGAUUCUCAUAGCUGCUUUAACAUACAGUUCAAAUUUUGGGGGAGAAAGAAAUCUCCAAAAGUACUUGUGCUAUCAUAAUAAAUCUCUGCUGAGCACUUGGAUCUCCCUAAACAAUUAAUAGCCAUAUAGAAUGAAUGAGGGACAUUUUAUAUGCAAUUCUAAUCAUUGUUAAUCUUGUAUGUUCUGUUUAAAUAUAGAAAGUCAAAUACAAAAUUUGGCAUGUCUUUCCACCAAGUCCCUGGUCCUUAAAAUUAUGGAAAUUCACCCCCUUCAGUAGGAGCACUGUAAUAAGUCAUCAGAAGAUUGUGUCUUGAACUGAGAUUAAGGAGUACUUUUUACAUUAUAAAGAAAUUAAAUCCACAUAUCCAGCUCC